UCAUUAUCACACACAGAUCUAAAAGUUCCCUUUAUAAGUAACUUUUACAUCUUUAUCACUUAUUAUUGUUUAGAUUCAGAGAUCAUUAUCACAUCGACAACCUAUCACACACGCACACACCACACGCAUCACAAGACAACAAGCACACACUCACACACAAGACAAACACACAUUCAGCAGACAGACCAGACACACAUC